AUGCAGUCUCGGAGUAAUGGGUCGGAUCUUCCAGAUCUUGGGUCUGAAGAACAGCCCACACCAGAAAGUCAACAGAGAUACUAUCCUCCGCGAACCUGUCGCAUCUGUCUAGAUACGGUUCUGCCUACCGUACAGCCGUCCGAUUUUCUGCAUAGGCCUCGAGUGGUCUACGAGUCAUCCGAUCCAGAACUAGGUCGACUGCUUCGUCCGUGCAAAUGCAAAGGAUCCUCGCGAUAUGUACACGAAGGAUGCCUGCAAACAUGGCGGCACGCGGACCCCAGAUAUGGCCGUCGAAAUUACUGGCAAUGUCCAACUUGCGGGUUUCAAUAUCGUCUGGAACGGUUGACCUGGGCUCGAUGGAUCAGUAGCCCGGGCACGCAAAUUCUACUCACCAUCGGCAUCUUGCUUUUUACAAUGUUUCUCCUUGGUUUUGUUGCUGACCCCAUUAUCGAAUUUUUCCUUGUUGAAUUAGACGACCUUCCACUGGAUGUGGAUGACUUUGACACAUCGCGCUCAUCGUGGCUGGCACAUUUUGUCAAAGGGCUUGCAUCGCUAGGGUUGCUGUCAUUCUGCCGGGCCAUGCUGUUGAUGUCGCCCUGGAAUCUACGCAUGGCUACCGGAGGAGGACGAAGCUCGGGCCGUGAUCGAAUGCGGUGGUUGAUGAUCGUCGUUGGUGUCGGCACCUUUCUGUGGGCUGUCUACAAGGGUGUCCGAGCUUGGAGUAAGCGAAUCCUAAGCAAGACCAGCGAACGUGUUAUGGACGUCCCAUUGCCAGAUGAUGAGGACGAAAAUAUACCUCUACCGCAGUCCUCUGCCAGUGAUCACACAAAAUCCGAAUAG